AUGUCCACAACUGCUACUGGCUCUGGCGGCAACCAACCUCCGUCAACGACUUUGACCUCGAUUCCACCCUCUGGCGACGGAAAGAGCCCCCAGACAGCUACCUGGUCGCCGGCCCUAUCCAUUAACUUCAACCCCCAGAAAACAUACGUCGUCAAUGGUCUGGGUCUCGUACCUCGCUAUCGCCGUACGAUGCUCGUCGAGGCCCGAUCUUUUGCCCAGGUCUACACCAUUCUAGAUGGCGACACGUACGAGACCAUUCAUCAACUUCCUGCUGGACCCAUGAUCAACCCGACAAUGCCAGCCGCCACCAGCACAACUCAGCAGGUCACUGAAAUCGAGGACCAAGAGACGGCCAUCUCCACUGGCACUGGUCCCGCCGCUGACCAGUACAACGCCUCUCAGGCUUAUCGUCAGUAG